UCCGCAUGUUCUGGUAAACUACUUUCAUUAUCUUGACGUCUUCAGUACCAGUGGGGUACUUAGUUAAUGACAAGCUAAACAGCAAGACCCGCCCUUUGGGAGUGCUACCUUACAUAAGAGCUCUACUUGCCAGGCUCUUCAUCUCUACCGGAGCAUCUCACAACUCCCAAUUCCCUCACAAGCAUAAUGGCCGCCAAGGACCUUUCCCUUACUUCCUUACCUACAGAAUUGUUGCAGGCCAUUUUUGAAUAUCUUCCACCAGAGGCUCUCGUCACUUGUUCGGGUGUAUCAAGACGAUUGAGGGCGAUUGCCACUCUGCCUGCACUAUGGCGCUCUCAAUGCCAAUCGCGGUUCAAGUUCUGGCAUACCAGGCACCAUAUCAGUGCGAAGCUGGGCGGGCCUCUUACCGAUACCGACUGGCAAAGCCUCUUCAAGGAGCGCAUUGCUGCUGAUCGCACUACGAGUGGUCUACUUGAAGAGAUCCUCGCAUCUCAGAAGCGGCAAAUUGCGAAUGUAGCCGAAAUCGCUGCUUUGGGUUACGACGCGAAAGAUGCUCUUCUUCGGGAAUGCAGCGUACCCAACGAUACUGAAGAUGUGCUUGCAAGAAGGUUCUAUGCGAACGCCACCCUUGAUCGGAUUCACCGUGAGGUUGCCAUCAACGUGUGGAAGGACCUCGCAAAGGGCACGGCAGUGAAGCUGGAACGAGCCUUGGCCGCGUACGACAUGUUUACCUUGGGUACAAACGCAGGCGAUAUCGACGACAUUACUCGCUUCUUGGACGAUUUGGCGCGUAGUCUUCGCCUCGAGAAUCCUACUCUAGGUUCCCUCAGCACACGAGAGCAAGCUCUCACUCUUGCAAGCUUCCUCCGAUCUCGCAACUAUCGAGGUGUCUCAGAGGAGUCAUACACAGCUCUUCGAAACAAUUUCAUCGGCAUUGUUCUCAGCAGCGAAGACCACGAGUCGCUACCAUUGAUCAGCGUUGCUAUCUACUGUGCAGUUGCUGAACGGGUCGGUUUAGAUGCUCGCCCUUGCGGCUAUCCUUUCCACGUCUAUGGAAUAGUACAUCCCCCCAAAGGGCAAACACUUGAUGGAAAACUCGCUUCGACAACCGCGACCCCUGAACAUCUAUAUAUCGACCCCUUCCGAUCUGAUCUAGCAGUUCCGGAGGAAUCCCUAAGGACGAUGCUCCGCCAGAUGGGUAUACACAGUUCAGAUCAUAAUAAUUUUCUUGGCGACGCAUCAACUCGGGGACUGGUACUAAGGACGGCACGUAACAUCAUGAACUCAGUCCAGACUAUUCGACAAACCGAGGAACAGUUGUGGGCUAACAGUAGUUUUCGCCCACCGUCCUGGCUUUCAGCAUUUCCGGAUAUGGAUGACGCCUUCUACGCAACGCUCUGGUCCAUGCUGAUACUAGGCCCGGGGCUAGAGGAAGAUGGAAGUGUGGCGAGCAUUACGACGCGUCGGCGGCAGUAUCUCCCAUACCUUUGUGACCACUUUCAGCAGCACUCUCCUUGGGACGUCACUCUUAUUGAAGAACACAUUAUGCCUAUGUUCUAUAAUUUACCCGAAGGCCGGCGUCUCUUACACCAUAUCAACUCCAUCCACGCUGCUGAUGCAAAACCAAAACCAGUAUCAGCUCGUUCGGAGAUGACCAAAAAAUUGACAUACAAAGUUGGUCAGGUAUUUCACCAUCGGCGGUACUUGUAUGAAGGUGUCAUCACUGGCUGGGACUCGUCUUGCGCUGCUGGAGAAGAAUGGAUAAGACAUAUGGGUGUCGAUCACCUAUCUGGUGGUCGGGACCAGGGCUUCUAUCAUGUCCUUGUGGCAGACAAGAGUAUGCGAUAUGUUGCCAAAGAAAACAUUGAGCCUGUGCUCUCAACCUACGAGCCCUCGCAAUCCAUGAUGAAACUUGCCGGUCGGUAUUUUAAGCGGUGGGAUAGCAAUCAAGGUGUCUUCGUUAGCAAUAUCAGGGAUGAGUAUCCCGAUGAUUGAAGCUGUAGAUACGUGAUGGUAUUCAAGUAUCACGAUUACGAUAUGAGUCAUGCUUGGAUGUUAAUGAGUGUAAUCUUUCAGGAACGAUGAGACGCUGAGCUAAGUUCAUGUUUUGCUUAAUGAUUGAUGUUUGUGUCGUCAUUCUGGACAUCGCACCUGGCAAGUUCCUCACAGCGCAGCUCAACUCAACCGCCCAUCGAAAUGCUCACUCCUCAUCUCAUACGUGGGGCUCGAAACGAAGAGCCAAAACGGGUUCGUGUAGACUCAGGAAGCGUAUCAUGUUUGAACAAGUCACGUGGCUAUGAUACCCGAAUUGCAUCCCAUCAGAAAAGACGAUCUAAAUAUUUACGCAC